AUGCUUUCGGCGGCAGGUGGCUGUGGCUCACGGCUAGCGGAAAAGGAUCUUCACAGAGGAAGUCCCCUUUGGUCUUGCGUGCCUUGCGAUGCAAAAGAAACGCAUGUGGCAGAUCUAGUAGCCUGGUAUCCCCAAUUCGAGAGAGUCACUGCAGGACACGAUAGUGCGCUAUUGCGGUUCUGCGUGGCCGCCAGCUAUGCAUUUCUUCAGGCAUCACCCAUGGAAACAACAGAAGCUUAUUCUUGGCUAACUAGCGCUACAGAAGCUCUUGGGUUGGAUGGACUCUCCCGGGCUCCGUACCUCAAACCAAAGCCGCAACGGCCCCGAGUUGCGACGUAUUGGCGAGCUGUUGUUGUUCUAGGACUGCUUGUCUCGAGUGCUCUCCUAUAUCUCGUGCUGAAAUGUGCCUUCCGUCUCUCCGAACUUUCCUCCAGGUCUCGUCGUCGCCUCGCGGAGGGCCCGCGGGACGAAGAGAGCAGAGAAAGGGCCCGACAGAUCCCCAGGAAAGAAGAGUACUGCGGUCGCGCAACAGAAGCGGGUCCUGAUCGCUCUUCCAGGGAGUGGACCUUUUGGAUAGAUGCAGAAUCAGCAACUUGGUUUCCAAGCAUAGGUUCAAUGUCCAGAAGUAUCUUCCGAGGGAGCUUUGGCAGCAUCAGCGGAGCGCAGUCCUUCGAAGGGCCUGCACCCGCAACUUCUUCGAAAGCAGGAGAAGCAGCAGCUGCCGCCGCUAGUACCCCCAGCGGCUUCCCCAGCAGCUCACGACGCCCUGAAACUUCUGGAUCAGAUGUUUUGUCAAAACAAGUGGGGACUCCAGAUGCUACGAAUGGCACAGGGGCAAAGCUGAGCCAGCAGCAAGCCGGGACAACUUCUGCCGCAGCUCUUUUGCGGGCAGCUGCGGGAGAGGGAGGAACAAGACCAGAUGCCACUCCCGGAAAUGCCCCCAACAUUGAGGGACAUGAUUCGUUGCCGCCCGGUUCAAGUGCUGCUCGACAAGGUACAUCAGAAGGAACUGGUUCUCUAGAGACAGAAAAAGAUGUGGAUGCGGCUGCCAGCAACGCCAGCAGUAGAUUUGCUGCUCUCCAACUGUCUGAUCAAGGAUUUCCUUUUAGCGGAGAUGCAGACGCACAAGAAUUUAUCACCGGAUACGAAUAUGGCGAUGAAUGGGCGGACAUGUACUUAUAUUUUGGAGAGUACAAUCGGCCGGAUGAUUUGGACAGUGAUAAUGUCAGCGGCGUUUACAACAAUGAUAGACUCUUCCGGGCAAGCUUUCAUUCAGAAGAACAGGACGACACGGAAACAGGAUAUCACCAUUACAUGGAUGUCGAAGAGAAUGACCAAGAAGUGGCUUUUCUGGCAAGUUUGGAAUCUGCCGAGACACUAACUCAACUAGUCAGGGCUGCAGAUCGCAGUACAUUCUCUGCCGACAUGGGUGACGGCCGAUCGGUACGCGCUAACUUUGCUAACGUCUCGAUUAUGAUGAUUGGGGUUCCGGAAUCGCCUCACUACAGAGAUCUGGAGGAGCAUUACCCUUUUCCACGUAUCGGGAAGGGAGCAGGGAACCAAGCCUUGCGGGAUAUGCUGAAGGACCUUGGACGGCUUGCGAGUAGUCUUUGUUCGGCCCAUCCGGAUCGAGUCUCCAACCGUCUCCACGCUCCAUGUGUUCUCCCAAACGGCACCAUAUCGGCUACUCUCCACAUUGUAGUGGAGGAGCUUGAAAUGAAAACUUCAAGCAUGUGGACCCGUCUUAGGACGGUAUUAGCGCCUAAAAAAGGGUUCGACGGAAGGCACGCCCAACGGUUCAGACGAGAUGUCCAAAUGCUGGUUGAGGAUUUGAUUGUGACGCUUUUCGGCCAAAUUCAAGACUUUGGCGCGCCGAAAGGGGAAGCAAACCGUUUUUGUUUCGAGCUCAAAAGGCCGACGGCUUCCCGUUGCAAGGGCAAAGUUGCUGUGACAGUUUACGCCACAGACGACUAA